AUGUCGGAGCUCGGAGGCGGCAACUGUUUUCCGCGUCUCUUGCUCGGUGUCAAUGUCAGUCUUGCCCUUGUUGAAGGAAUUGUUGCUUUUGUUGUGUUAUUUCAGGUUCUACUUGUAAAAGUUUGGGCUGCAAUCCUCAAGGCAUUGCUGCUGACAGGCUUCAAUGCUUGGUUCCGCAAUACCAAAGAUCGGUGUUCACGCAGAGACUUUCUUGGAUUAGCUUUGGGAGUCUCAAGCCUCUUUGUUGGUUCAUUGGAAGGCAAAGGAGCUGGUUUGCCCCCAGAAGAUAAGCCGAAACUAUGUGAUGAAGCUUGUGAGAAGGAGCUUGAAAAUGUGCCUAUGGUAACUACUGAAUCAGGUUUGCAAUACAAGGAUAUUAAAGUUGGACAAGGUCCUAGUCCCCCAGUUGGAUUUCAGGUGUGGAAUUUCUUCUAAUUUGUUCAGUUCUUUUUUAUAUGCAAUACAAGAUAGAUAAUAUCUAUUCUGCUCGAAGU